CUCUGCACCUCUCUACCGCCGAAAGCUUUGCAGUCUGACAUCAUCGCUCAAGACGGAUAGUCAUCCUCCGAACGCUUCGCCAUUAUGUCUCGUGCAGGAACUUGGCUGAAGAUGCUGGGAGUCGGUGUCGUUUGCUGCGUGGGAGGCCCCGCCUUCGUGCAAUACAUCCGGCCCACGGACGAAGAAUUGUUCAAGCGCUACAACCCCGACCUUCAGAAACGGAGUCUGGAAGAGGGCGACCGACGAGCACGGGAUUUCGAUGAAUACGUUACCAAGUUGAAGCAGUGGUCCAAGUCUGACAAGCAUAUUUGGAUCGCCGCUCAAGAACAACAGGAACAGAGACGCUUGGAGGCGGAAACACGAAAUACGCAGGCGAAGGAAGACGCCAAGGCGCAAAGAGAAGAAAUGCGGAAGGAGUUGCUUGGUGGGAAAUAAGAGGCAAAGAAGAUAUCAGUACGGAAGCAAGAUCUAUCAUGAAGCCUCCGGCUCUCGGUCGUUUUUGGUGAAACGAGAAAAAGUUGGGGAAACUGAAAAGCAGUCUCUCGAAUCGUCGUGGACCCAGGCGUGUGCGGAGUUACAUGGGCGAUAUUGUAUUAUAUUUCAUUUCAUUAAUGUGUGAACGACUGAAUGGAAAU